CAACACACUCUCUUUCUCUGUCCCCUUCCAUCGCAACAUUCGUCCUUCCCAGGACCAAUCCAGAACACGCCCGUUAUCAAAAGAAGCUAAAAUCGGAAAGGAAAAGCAAAUUUAUGAUCAAUGCACGUAUUGUUUGAUGUAAAUUAACCUAAUCGGAUCAUCAGGUGAUUGAUUGAAAUGUUGAAGAGAUUGAGAUUUAACAAAGUUCAUGUAUAUCCGGAUGCAUUGCACGCCGAUAUGUUUUUGUGUGUGAACAGAUUUUGAAAAUCAAUCCAUAAUUAAGGCGGAAUUCCUCGUUUUCACCGUAUAUAGAUUUAGGUUGAUUUAGCAGAUUACGGGUGAGGAAGAGGAAGGGACGGUUGAAUUGCGCCGAGGGCGGAACUGAUGUUGAGCAGUGGAGUUGUCGCGCAGAAGAAGAAGAAGAAGAGUCGUAAUUGCGGCGGUGGAGACGGCGCCGUGGGCGGUGGUGCUGCCAUUCUGCCAUCUAGGGUUGUAGGCUUGGAGUAUUGGAAUUGGGUUCGGCUGAGGUUGGGUGAGGAGGGAGGAAGAUGCAGCUGCGCUUCUCACCUAGCAUGAGAAGUAUAACGAUCUCAAGCAGCAGCAAUGGAGGUUUUGGUGAUUUGAUGAAGAUCAAGGUCGCAGCUCGCCAUAUAUCUUACCGAACGCUCUUUCACACCAUUCUUAUCUUGGCUUUCUUCCUGCCUUUCGUCUUCAUUCUCACAGCUGUUGUUACCCUUGAAGGCGUCAACAAGUGUUCCUCGCUCGAUUGUUUAGGCAGGAGAUUGGGCCCAAAGCUUCUUGGAAGAUCUGAUGACUCAGGGAGGCUUGUUAAGGAUUUUGUUAAAGUCCUAAACCAAGUGAGAUCUGAGGAAGUGCCAGCAGACUUGAAGCUCCCAGAUUCAUUUAGUCAACUUGUCUCUGAAAUGAAAAACAAUAAACACAAUGCAAAAGAGUUCGUACUUAUAUUGAAGGGAAUGAUGGAGAGAUCUCAAAGAGAAAUCAGAGAAUCUAAAUUUGCAGAGUUGAUGAAUAAACACUUUGCUGCAAGUUCAAUCCCAAAGGGAAUUCAUUGCCUCUCACUUCGGCUAACUGAUGAAUAUUCAUCCAAUGCAAAUGCACGCAAACAAUUGCCUUCACCAGAAUUACUCCCGUUGCUAUCUGACAACUCGCUACACCAUUUUGUAUUGUCAACUGAUAACAUCUUAGCUGCUUCUGUGGUGGUCAAUUCAGCUGUUCAGUCAUCUGCGAAACCUGAAGAGAUUGUUUUUCAUGUCAUCACUGACAAGAAAACUUAUCCUGGAAUGCAUUCAUGGUUUGCUCUAAAUCCUGUCUCCCCUGCUCUCGUUGAAGUCAAAGGCGUUCACCAGUUUGACUGGCUGGCAAGAGAGAAUAUUCCAGUGCUUGAAGCUGUAGAGACUCAUAGUGUUAUCCGCAAUUAUUACCAUGGGAAUCAUGUUGCAGGAGCAAAUCUUAGUGAUACUACACCACGCUCUUUUGCCUCAAAGUUGCAGACCAGAAGUCCAAAAUACAUAUCUUUGCUCAAUCAUCUUCGCAUAUAUCUGCCUGAGCUUUUUCCAAAUCUAGACAAAGUGGUUUUCUUAGAUGAUGAUGUUGUAAUUCAGCAUGAUUUAUCUCCACUAUGGGAUAUUGACCUUAAAGGAAAGGUUAAUGGGGCUGUUGAGACCUGUAAAGGAGAAGAUCCGUAUGUUAUGUCUAAGCGAUUCAGAAAUUACUUCAACUUUUCUCAUCCUCUAAUAGCAAUGAACAUAAAUCCUGAUGAUUGCGCCUGGGCUUAUGGAAUGAAUAUCUUUGACUUGUCUGCAUGGAGAAAGACAGAUAUAAGAGAAACCUAUCACACAUGGGUCAAGGAGAAUCUGAAUUCAAACUUGACGAUGUGGAGGCUAGGAACGCUCCCCCCUGCCUUGAUUGCAUUCAAGAGCCACAUCCACCCAAUCGACCCGUCCUGGCACAUGCUUGGUUUGGGGUACCAGAGUAAGACAAACGUGGAGAGUGUUAAGAAAGCUGCUGUCAUUCACUACAAUGGCCAGUCCAAGCCAUGGUUGGAGAUUGGAUUCGAACAUCUCCGUCCCUUUUGGACCAAAUUUGUCAACCAUUCCAAUGUUUUCAUCAGCAAUUGCCACAUCUUGGCAUAGACUCCGAGUUAGUUCUCUUCUUUAACUUAUUCUUUUUACUCUUCACUUAUUCUCAUUGGAAUCAUAUGAGAUCAGAUCGGAAACAGCUUUAAAUAUAAUUACAAUCAGAUCAGAGAAUCAGAUCAGAACCAACUGGAAAAGUUGAAGAGAACAAGUCCUCAGCCUACAUGACAUGACAAACAUAGCAGAGAGCUGAAGCCAUGGUUUGGUAACUUCACUUUUCUUGGCUUCCAUAGUACUCUUUCUCUCAGUUUCUCUCUUCUGUAUAUUGGAAAACCUUAAACAAGAAUCAUGG